GCUGCUACUGUCGGUCUCCAUUUUAUUGCACCACCAGACCCUUCAAACAGUUGCGCGCGUCUCACAUUUAUCGUUCCUCCGUCUCUUUCGACCUCCUUCCUUCACCUCUGCGUUUACCUCUGCGUUUACGGGGCUUGGCGUAACGUCGGCUCUGUUUUCAGAACAAUGAGCUCUGGGGAUGGGGGUUCUCAAUCAUCAUCAAAGAAAUCCAAGAAACCACAAUAUUCUAGAUUUACUCAGCAAGAGCUUCCUGCUUGCAAGCCAAUUCUAACACCAGGAUGGGUCAUUACAACCUUUAUUUCCAUUGGCCUUGUUUUUGUGCCUAUUGGCCUUGCAGCAUUGUCAGCAUCACAAAGGGUCGUAGAAAUUGUGGAUCGUUAUGAUGACUUGUGCAUUCCUUCAAGUAAAGUGGAUGAAAGAGAUUCAAAUCACGAGAGGGCUGAGUUUAUACAAAAUGAUAAAACAAAUAAAACAUGCAUCAGGAGCUUGAUAGUUCCCAAGAAGAUGCAGAGUCCGGUUUUUAUCUAUUACGAGCUCGAUAACUUCUACCAGAAUCACCGGAGGUAUUCCUUUUCAGCACAUUUGAAAAUUAAUUUGGGUACUCCUGUAUGGUUCUGUCUUAAAAAUGUGUGUUUUUGUAUGUGAGGAGGGGGAACACAGGAAAAACUUCACUACAGAAUGAGCGCAGAUCAUUUUGUGCUUGGAUCACUAAGGAUAUGUAAAAAGCAGAAGUGACAAGCAAUUGCGCAGCCCAGAGUCAGAGUAUGACACGAAAACUUGUGCUCCUGAAUCAAUGAAUAACAAUAAGCCAAUUGUUCCCUGUGGACUUGUUGCUUGGAGUUUGUUCAAUGACUCUUAUGGGUUUAAGAUUAGCGACAAAGAGGUACCUAUUAAUAGAAAGGAUAUUGCUUGGGGAAGUGACAGAAGACACAAGUUUGGCUCUGAUGUUUAUCCAAAGAAUUUUCAGCAAGGAAGCCUUAUUGGGGGUGGAAAACUGAAUCAAAGCUUACCAUUAAGUGAGCAAGAGGACCUUCUUGUUUGGAUGCGAACGGCAGCUUUGCCGAAUUUCAGAAAGCUGUAUGGGAGAAUAGAAAGCGAUCUCGAAGCUAAUCAGGAGAUUACUGUGGUAAUCCAAAACAAUUACAAUACGUACAGUUUCGGGGGUAAAAAGAAGUUGGUUAUUUCAACAGCGACUUGGGUUGGCGGGAAAAACGAUUUCCUUGGAAUAGCAUACCUCACAAUUGGCGGGAUUUGCUUCUUUUUGGCAAUAAGCUUCAUACUUUUGUAUGUCAUCAAACCAAGGUCAUUUGGAGAUCCCGCCUUUUUAUCAUGGAACCUCAAUCCCGACAUGAAUUGAAAUUUUCUCUACGAUUUCCUUCAUUUUCUGUUCUGUCUUUUAUUCAUUCAUUCAUGAAGAGUGUAAUUAGUUUUACUGUCAUUGACUCGUUGAGCUAGUGUAUAUAUUUUCUAAAUUAGUGUUGUAGCCAAAGAGCUUCAUAUGUUCUUUAACUGAUAAUUCCUAUGUCCCAAUUUAAGAUCUCAAACACUAUUAACUUAAUCAGCUUAAUUCUCUUUUAAUCUCCAUUUUAUACGAUAAAUCUUUA